GAAACACGUUCUUUUACAGCUGAUGCCCGUAUGUAAACAACAAGAAUCAUGGCAGCCCCACUAUUCAGGAUCUCUACGAAGAUUGGUAGAUGGGUCUCCCAACCAUGGGGCACUUGCCAGGUAUGGCUGCAGAACAGGUCCACAUGGUCUGCACCAGAGAUGGCCUCAGACCAAGCUGCUGGCCUGAGAGUCUCCUACCCUCCCCUCCAGACUUUCUCUGAGGAAGAGGGAAUGAUGAGGGAUGCUGUGAAGAAGUUUGCCCAGGAGCGUAUUGCCCCUUUUGUGUCUAAAAUGGAUGAAAACUCCAAAAUGGAUGAUGAAGUGAUAUCCUCAUUAUUUGAACAAGGGCUGAUGGGCAUUGAGAUAGACCCAGAGUAUGGCGGCACUGGCUCCAGUUUCUUCUCUUCUAUCCUGGUAAUUGAGGAACUGGCUAAGGUGGACCCUUCUGUGGCUGUGCUGUGUGACAUCCAGAACACUCUCAUUAACACUCUGGUGGCCAAACUGGGGACCCCAGCCCAGAAGGAACAGUACCUCAGCCGACUCUCAACAGACAUGGUAGGUAGCUUUUGUCUUUCUGAAGCUGAGUCAGGUAGCGAUGCCUUUGCCCUGAAGACACGCGCUGAGAAACACAAGGACUAUUACAUCAUCAAUGGCUCUAAGAUGUGGAUCAGCAAUGCAGAGCAAGCAGGGGUGUUCUUGGUCAUGGCUAACGUGAACCCUUCAGCUGGCUACAAAGGAAUUACCUGUUUCAUCGUAGACAAAGACACAGAGGGGCUUCACAUCGGCAAGAAGGAAAAUAAGCUGGGCCUGCGAGCCUCCUCCACCUGCCCUCUUAACUUUGACAACCUCAAGGUUCCAGAGAAGAACAUUUUGGGGGAGAUCGGUCAUGGGUACAAAUACGCCAUUGGCAUGUUGAACGAAGGCCGGAUUGGAAUUGCUGCUCAGAUGCUGGGCCUGGCUCAAGGCUGCUUUGAUCAGGCUGUGCCAUACACCAGGCAGAGGGUGCAGUUUGGCAAACGGAUUUUUGACUUCCAGGGGAUGCAGCAUCAGAUAGCCCAUGUGGCCACUCAGAUUGAAGCAGCAAGGCUGCUGACCUACAAUGCUGCUCGCUUGAAGGAGGCUGAAAGACCUUUCAUCAAGGAGGCCUGCAUGGCCAAAUACUUUACUGCAGAGCUUGCAACUUUGACUACAUCCAAAAGCAUUGAGUGGAUGGGAGGAGUGGGCUUCACCAAAGACUACCCUGUGGAAAAAUACUACAGAGAUUGUAAAAUAGGAACCAUUUAUGAGGGCACAACCAACAUUCAACUCACCACCAUGGCCAAGUUCAUUGACAAAGAGUAUGAUAACUAAACAGACCUAGGAAGUUUCAAAUAGAGGCUGGCCACUUGCACUUAUUUUAGUGACACUCCUUGAUUUUAUCUAAAGACUGUAGUUGGGGUUUAGAGGUUUAAAAAGCAUUGCUAUAUCAGUUUUUUUAAUAAAACACUCACAAUCGAUCAUCCUUAUGUGUGUUAUAUGCUAUGUACAUUAUAUGAAUGUUUGCGGCUCCCAUCCACUAUGGAUUAUCAGGUUACAUUUGCCAGGCAGUCUAGUUCUGGUGUUGAUAAGGUGUUGUUAGGUUUUUCUUAAUCCCAGAAUAAUUUGCUGGGAUCCCAACAAAAAUGCACAUUGAACCGUAUAAAUGUCUCUGUAUUUUCCCUUUUGUUGUGUUUUCCCUGUUGUUCUGUCUCUUUCCCUUUAGGAGCGUAUGUGUUUCUAAUGAAUAACACUUUUGAAACUUUAUCAUCUUGACACAGAUUCUCAUUAUUAUUACUUGAUCCUGUUUUGCAGUACUUUGGGCUUUUAAGACCAUGAAUUUCUCAUGAGAGGCAUGCACUAAAGACCUGUUGUAUGGCUUUGUGUUUUCUUUUCUAUUAUAUUGUUGGCUUUCCUGAAAAGUGGGCCGUGAAAUUUGUCAGUGGCAUUUUGUUUAUGUAUGGUAAUUCUACGGUGGCCGACAUGUGCAAACGCGCUGCAAAUUAAGAAAACACAUGCAAAUAGACAAAACACAAGCAAAUUAAGAACACAUCUUCAUUAAUUUGACAACACAUGUGCAGCAUUCAGCAAACGUGCUGCAAAUACACACAACACAACCAAAUACAUAAACGCGUUGCAAAAACGAAAGCACGCAAACCAAAAACGCUGCAGUACAUCAACGCGUUGCAAAAACGAAAGCACGCAAACCAAAAACGCUGCAUCCAGUUUUCACAACGGAAGUUCUCCAGGCCGGAGCGAGAGAGCAUAUGAGAAGUUUGGACCAACAUCGAAGUAAAGAGGCGACAUAAAAAGGUUAGUAUUCAUUUUUACAUGUGGCCCUCCUCUUUAACAGUUUUUCAUAAGAGCAACUUCGAUUUUGGUCCCAUUUCCAAAACAAACUUCUCAUAUGCUCUCUCUCGCUCCGUGGGGCCGAAAAUCAAGCUGUUCCACUUAGCGCUCCCCCCAGAGGCCUGGAGAACUGCCGUUGUGAAAACUGGAUGCAGCGUUUUUGGUUUGCGUGCUUUCGUUUUUGCAACGCGUUUAUGUACUGCAGCAUUUUUGGUUUGCGUGCUUUCGUUUUUGCAACGCGUUUAUGUAUUUGCAGCGUGUUUAUGUGUUUAUGUAUUUGUUUUUUUUAAAACUACCAAUAUCCAGUAAGCUUUGGCCCUUUUUCCUAUGUUUGUUUUUGUCCAGUAUUCCUAUUCCUUUUGUUUCCUAGAGAGAACAACACACACACACUAACCACUACAAGGUUCAUAAAUAUGAUCAUUCAUCUGGAAUCCUUAGUCUUGCUUGUGCGGGAUGCCAGAACUCAAAUAAACCCAUAAAAUUAUA